CUGAUUGGCUUCUGGCGAGCUGUGAUGUCAUCACCAACUGCUAUAAGAGGCCAGCUGAUACACAGGGACACAUUUGGUCAGCGUGCUCGUGUGCUCUGAGCAUGUAGAAACACACGGUUAGAAUGACAGAAGUGAAAAAAUAAAUCAAUGAGUCCACACAAUGACACAACACAAUUCAAAAGGAUUAAAUUUGGAUAUCGUUGGAGCCGAAGAGAAGAGGAAAUCAUUUGGACAAGCCUGAAACUCUCUUCUUAUUUCAUCACAGCCAAUGGAGGCAGAGGACACGUGGGGCAGGGAGAACGUCUCCAUGAGCGGGAAUGUUUCGCUGGGUUCAAAUGCCUCUUCCCCGCUCUCUCUUCCCGGCUCGGACUACAGUGACACAGAAGUGGUCUUGAUAAGCAUCCUGAUGGCACUGCUGGUUCUGGGAAUCGUCUUUGGCAACGUGCUGGUCAUCACCACCAUCGUACGAUUCCAACGUCUGCAGACGGUCACCAACUACUUCAUCAGUUCCUUAGCCUGCGCCGAUUUAGUCAUGGGCCUGUUGGUGGUACCCUUCGGUGCGUGUUACAUUCUCCUCAAUACGUGGCACUUCGGAAAUUUCCUCUGCGAGUUAUGGACGGCCACUGAUGUGCUGUGCGUGACCGCCAGCAUUGAGACCUUGUGCGUGAUCGCUCUGGACCGGUACGUGGCGAUCAUGUGGCCCCUGCGGUAUCAGUCGAUGCUCACGAAGCGGAAGGCAUGCGGGGUGGUGUUGGGGGUAUGGGCGGUGGCCGCCCUUAUCUCAUUCUUACCCAUCUACAUGGAGUGGUGGGUGUCAGAUGAACCCGAGGCGUUGAGCUGCCUGGAGGACCCUUACUGUUGUGACUUCAACACCAACACGGCAUACGCCGUAACCUCCUCCUUCGUCUCCUUUUACAUACCGCUGGUCAUCAUGGCUUUCGUGUACAGCCGGGUCUUUCUUGAGGCCCGUCGGCAGCUCCAGAAAAUCGACCGCAUCGAGGGGCGAAUACGGACGCAGAGCUUUAGCACCCUGGAGGGAAACGAGGUGAAGAACCGGAGGACCAAGUUCUGCAUGAAGGACCACAAAGCUCUGAAGACCUUGGGGAUCAUCAUGGGAACGUUCACGCUCUGUUGGCUGCCAUUUUUCGUGCUUAAUGUAGUGGCGGCCAUCUGGAAGUUGGACAACAUCACGUUGCCCUUCAGGAUCUUAAACUGGAUCGGAUAUGCCAACUCAGGGUUCAACCCCCUGAUUUACUGCAAGAGCCCAGAGUUCAGAUGCGCAUUUCAGGAGAUCCUGUGCAUGAGAACAUCCCGCCUGGCUACCACCAGUAAUAAUAAAGGAUAUCUCUACAGCGGUCACAGCUGGAAGGUCCAGACGAAGACCACCAGGCAACGGGAACCUUCUCCAUCAAACUGUGAAACAGAGAUGGGUACUCGCUGUUUGACGGCGGACACCAAGAACACAAAUGGGAAUUGUAAUUUGGCUGUGACGUCCUUUGUUUAAGCGUUUUUGAACGUUUGUAAGCCCGUCCUUGAUGUACUGUAUAAAGUUUUAAAGCACUACAGAGAACUCUGGGGAGUGGAUUGAUGCAAAUAUGGCUCGUUCCGUUCGAUCUUUCAAAACACAUGAAGGUUUGCCUCAGAACUAUAUUUAUGACUUAUUGUUGUGACAUUUUGUGAUGCGAUUCUGAACAAUGAAUGAAUAUUAGCAACUGCACUGUUUGGGGCAAAAAAAGAAAUCUAAUCAUCAUUUAUUCACCCUCAUGUGGUUCAAAAUCUGUAUAUGACACUCUCUUCUCUGGAACACAAAUGAAGAUAUUUUGAGGAAUGUCUCAGUGGUUUUGUGUUCAUACAGUGCAAGUCAAUGGGGACCAAAUAUUUUUUGGCCACCGACAUUCUUCAAAACAUCUUCUUCUGUGUUCAUCAGAAGAAAAAAGUCAUACAGGUUUAAAAUGACACAAGGUUGGAUAACUUCAUUUUUGGCUAUACUGUCCCAUUCAGCGCACAUGAAAUCUUAACGAAAAGAAAAAACAUCUACCUCCGGAUUCCACCUAAUACCUCACUUUUACACAACUCGAAUCAAUAGCAGUCUUUGUAUUUAUUGCAUGUAUUAUGAAACGCCUCAACGUACACGUGAACGAACCAAGAAUCUGGAUUUGUACGUUAACACGUGCCGAAUGAAACUCAAUGGGCUGCCGAGGGCCGUUUUGUACCGUUACAUUCCUUUAAGAGCUCAAGCCGGGGUCUUCGGCACGGAUCCUAUCCCCUGACCCUCCUCCAGAGUGGGGAAAUCCAACCCUCUGAUGGGGAACAACAGGUGCACAUUGCCGUCUGUGCUAUAUCCAGCUGUUCUUGACGAAAGGGAAAAAAGCUAAAGAGCCAAGUGUCUCUCUUCAACCCUGGCACUUCCCCCUUAACAUUUCCACGGGGAAAUCAAUAUAAGGUUACGGCUGAGAUUUAUCUAGAAAGGGUUAUGUCCUUGAGGGCUAAGUCUUGACUUUGCAUGCACAAAUAAUGAAUGUUUAUUUAACACACUUCACAAAUAAGGUGCAAACCGAAUGUUUGCAUUAAACAGUCAAUUUAGUUCCUUUUUUAAAUAAUGUUGUUGUGUAACCCUAUAAGGUAUUCCAGAAGUCAGAUUGAAAAUUAUUAUUGUGGGACUGUUUACAGAUUCUGAAACAAACUGUACAUAGGGCAAACACAGAUAUUGAUCCUGCAGAUAUUUGUUCAUGUGCUUGGUGUUUUUAGCGCAGCGUGUGUACUUGACUGACACUAAUGACAGAGACAUUAGUGGAAAAUAUCUGACAUUAAAAAAAGGUUGCAAUUCUAAUGGCAAUGUACAGUUGCAUAAUCUCCCUGUGUUGAUGUUAUUCACAUCAGUGUGCUCAUAAACAUGUGAGCUAUGGUUCCUGUGUGUGUGUGUGUGUGCUGUGUGUGUGCUAGUGUAGCCUCCAUUGUCGGUCCCAUAUGUCCCCACAAGUCAAACUUGAGAUGACCCACAAGGAAAACUUACUUAUAAACCUAUUAAAUGUUGCUUAUUUGUACAUGUAAAAACGCUAAAAGUUUCUGUGAGGGUUUGGAUAAUAGGGGUGCGAUUUGGGGAUAGAAUAGACGGUUUCAUUGGACACACACGCCUGGCCUGAAGUUAACUUCCGGCCUGUGUUUGAUCAUAAUUAUACAAUUUAUUUUAUAUUUAUUUUAUACCAAUAAUAAUUUAGAUAAAUGUUUUAUUGUAUUAAAUUCAACUAAAACUACUCGACAGUUAUUGAUUCUUUGCGAGGUCUACCAGAAGUUAUGUUUGGGUCACUGAAGCCGUCUACUACAAACGUGUGUGUGACGUAUAUUACAGAAGACAAAAUAGUUUGUGUGUCUGUAUUCCAGCCAGUCAAGACAUUUGUAUUCCUAAACUUCAGUAAAACAUCACUAUAGUGUUUUUGUGAUUCACGUUCUUUGUGUAAAAACUAUGAAGCUUGAAUUGCUUACGUCAUGUAACGUUAAAGCAUUUAUGGUUGUUUGGGUACUGUUUAAGGCUAACUGUUACAUUACGCACACAUCAUGCUUCUUUUGAAACUGAAUCAUUAUAAGUAAAUUAACAUAGUCUUGGCCACAUGUGGUGCAUUUACUAGAAAUGACUCUGUUACUGUGUAUUGUUUUGACAGCUUAUCUUUGACUUAGUUUGUGCCAUUCCAGGAAACGAGAGCAACUGUUUCCUUUAACCAUUAAGAGUUUUUUUUUUAAAGUGUAUUAAUGUUAAUUUAUUCUUGUACGUCCUACCUGCUGCUCAAUGUCCAAAAGUGGUUAAUUAAAAGUGGUUGUUUGUAACUCUG